AUGACGAAGAGUCUUCGGAUGGGCACGCGUUGGGACAGUCGCGAGCGAGUACGAGAUGUCCUAGCCAGAUUGUCUUCGGGUAGUGUUCCAAGAGUGAUCAAAAGAAACGCCGAGCCUCUCGCUAUUCCUGGAGGUCCCUCCGAUACAGCAACGUGUUUCGCACCUGUGAAGAUCCCCAAAGACGUGCUGGCAGCGUUACACAAACGCGUCUGCAUCCGUCGUUCCGUUUCUGCCGCAGCCCUUCCACAGCUAGCAGGCUCUGCACCUUCCAGCUUCCACAAUGACGCGAGAGAGGAGUAA